AUGCCUCUACUGGUUGCGCGACAAUGGCCACUCUUGAGGCGCGCCGCUGCCGCCGCUCGCCCUCUGCGCUGUCCCUCAGUCAUACCGAAUAGACGCGCAAACUUCGAUCAAUUCAAAGCAUAUCACGCGCCCGUUCGUCGGCACUGCGGCAUAAUUGUACCACCGUCUGUGGAAUCCCAUCCACACGAUCUUGUUAAGCACAUCGCUCCUCCACCACUGGACGUCGCCCGUCAAAGGACCUUCUGUGUCUUCUUCGUCACGCCUUCGUAUGCGCACUAUUUGCUGGACGAUGACGCUUUCCUCCGCAACGCUCUGCUGCGCGCUUACGAAAACGCGGCCGACAUACCGGACCUUCACAUAGAUGCACUGUGUGCUGUCGUAGACAAACUCCCCGUCAGCAGGGUUGGGGAGAAGAACCCUACUCAGCCGCCUCUUGCUGGCGCGGGGUUCGAAGGAAUAUCCUACGCGAUUCUCCCGUCCGAUGUUUCUGUACCGUCCCAAGAACUAUCGCCAUUGGACAAGAGCGCUAUCGAUUUCAUAUUUGCCGAACACAACGUCAAGGACACCGUCUAUCGUGACACUUUGCGGUUGCCUCUUGCAAAUACUGUCUUCCAGACAGGCUCGCCAUCCACGAUGAUCCUAUCGACUUGGACUCUGGAUUCAAAUCGUCAAAUGACCCCUGUAUCCAAGACCAACGUUUCUCAUCAUGGAAUCCGCUUAGUCAAGCAACAGAAAGACUCAACUCCCGUUCUCCACGUUCCGUUGAUUCCACUCACAAUGCCCCGCACAGUCAACGGCUGCAUGGGCAACAUCAUCCGCAGGGUUAUCGGGCCUGGUGGUAAAUCUCUGCAGGCCUCGUCGGAACUUGAAAAUGUUGUUCCCAGAUUCUUCAAAUCACGAGGACAGCCUGCGCAAGCGACUGUAGCUUGGGCAUUAGUGAUACCCGAUGAGUUGAGGGCCAUCAUUGCCGCUCGAACAGAUGAAAUCCUCUCUGGCUUGCCAACAGACAAUCAGAGUCCGGUCUCCGAGCAUACAAAUGCAUGGGAGCGUCUAUGGCGCAGUGAUCCCCCUCUCUAUAACACGCUGGUGUCGCAAGCACUUACUGAAGGAGCACGUCUCCAUCGAGUCUUGAGUGGUGGAGGCGGAUGGGGAAAGAAAGCUGGCUUAUUAUCGUUGGAUCCUGCAGCGGCCAGUCCAGCGGCAGACCCACCAAAGGAUGACGAUUUUCUCGGCAUGAUCAGUGAUCCCCAAAACUUCGAAUCAACUCUUACACCCGUGGUGCGAGACGGUGACUCGAUACAGUUCUUCAUCUCUCCGAAAUCAGAUCUCGAACAGUUGGCUCAAAAGUCCGGUCACAGAGGGACGAUCAGAUGGGCUGCCUUUGGGAACAAGAUGAAUUGGGGCUGGGAGGUGGGCACAAUUCCCAGCACUGUGGACUCGAUCCCCGGGGAGUUGUCGCAAGACAGUCAGACCAGAGGAGACAAGAUACUGUGUCUUCCUGGCUUUGGUGCACUGAGUGAAGGAGCGAUGACGCUUACACAGCACUCUCGGGUAGACGAAGGCAUGCUCCACAGCGUCACUACUACGGUCGAUGUUCCCUUUUCUCGUUUCCGGACGAUGCGUAAAAAUGGAGCUACGCCUGAUGAAAAGAACGAGGACGAGGACUCAAAACAUGAGAAAAAUACACCGAAAUCCGUGCCAUCCAUUCAUACGCAGGUGCCGACUCACAAUCUGUCAACUCUGAAAGUAGCCAGCACGUCUCCAUCUCAGCAAGAAGAGCAAUCGCGGACCCCUCCAAGACUCACAGUGGCGGGACUGGUUCGCAAGCUCAAGAUAGAAGGCCAAUCUACUUCCGGCCGGCUCCGUGUUCGGACAGCGAACGCCAUAUUGCGCAGAUUCGAGAAGCUCUUCGAUAAACAGAAGAAGAAGCACACAGCAGUCAUGUCAGAGAUUCUGCAGCGCCACUGUCUUUUGAUGGCUGUGAAGUUCAGGACGCUUAUGGUUGAUGCAGCGGAUCUGAUGGAACAGGCUGAUUCCGUUCUGGACGACAUCAAUCGCAAGCUUGUGCGAAGGAUUCCAGCUAAGGAGCGAGAGAGGCCAAAGGAGGAGAGGCUAGCGAGGAACGCAGAGAAGAGGGAGAAGAAGAAGGCACAAAAGGCUGAAAGAGCGGCACAGAAAGAAAAUCGUGCCAGAAAAAAGGACAAGACGGACGCGGUAUCGUCAACAGCGACGGGGGCGCCAAUCCGCAAGUUUACCUCCUACGGAAUGUCCACAGCGGUGGAGAUCAACGAGAAACUCAAACCCGCCGUCUCUGAAGUCUCCCGCCUGACUGAAGAGGCGAGAGCCAUUAUGGCUGCCAUUCAAGACACCAAACCACACAUCCGCAGAAUGCCCGUCUCAAAGCUAGCAACAGCGCAAGCCUUCAAUCAAACACUAGGCUACGCCGUUCAAGACAUCCUCCGUCUGACAGAGGAAGCACGCACUAUAAUGGCUACCAUCCAGCAACGCAAACAACAAUACCAACGGCAACGUACCCAGCAAACUCAAUGGCGACACCUGCGCCGAUGGGGCCGCGACACUACAAUCGUAUCCUUGAAGCCUGAUACUUCACCCAAAGUCCUCCUAGACACGGCAUACAAAGCGCGCCGAACUUCGAUAUCCAUGAUGCGAGCCUUCAAAAAGCGCGUCAGGAGUAUCAAAGCUCUCAUCCGGCAGCGUAGACAUGACCUACGCAAACUGAUCAACGCCAAGUCAAGCGUCGUGCAAACCCAGCGGCGCAGGCGCAUCCGACGCGUCAGCCCGCCUGUAAACGUUGACGGUGACGCAGCAACGGCAGUCGGUGAUGGAAGAGAGGAAACAGAAGAGAGAUGA